GUCCUGCUGGUCCUGCUGACCUGCUUUUCGUUGAGGUGUGGCUUCGUAUAAAAGCAGCAGCAGGUGAAAUCUGCGUCUGUAGAUCUGACGACCUGCUCACAGGUCUGAGGUUUUGAAAUGCAUAAACGAGGUGGGCACUGUGGAAAAGGAGGUCAUGGUCAUGGACAUGGACAUGGACAUGGUCACGGGCAUGGUCAUGGACAUGGUCACGGGCAUGGUCAUGGGCACGGUCACGGCGGUGGUCAAGGAGAGGGAUGUGGGCCCAAACGUAGACGCAGGCCAAAGCGUGGUCACAAGCACCUGAAGUGUCACAAGAAAGGAAGGGAUUGUCACGGGUCGUCCAGCAGCUCCUGCAGCAGCAGCAGCAGCAGCAGCAGUAGCGACUCCGAUUAAAUGAAGACUCCUGAAUCAUCUGGAAACUUUUGUUCUUCCUCUUAAUGCAACAAUCAAAUGAUGCUGUAUCUCAAAACUAUCUAUUAUUCAGGUCUGUACAUGUAAACAAGCUCAUGCCUGUCACAUGUAAAACACACAUUGGUUCUUUACUGACGUAUGGCCACGACUCAAACACUGAAGUAAUUCAUUUGACAGUGAAACCAGAGACUGACACAUGAAUCCUCAGUCACUCUCUCCUCUGACAGAUGAGACAUUUCAGGUUGAAUAGAUAUUACAUUUAGGUGGAUUUGUUGGUUUGGUCAGCUGUUUGACAACUUUUGUUUAUGUGGCUUCCUAUAGAAUAUAAAGCUGUGUUGUUUGGGCCUCUUUCAAUGAUUUUGAUGAAGUGUAAGUGUAGAAAAUUAAAACAAUAAAUGGUGACAUUUC